AUGAACACCACGCCCACCACGCGCGACGCCGAAGACAGCGACCGGAAGACAACCAGGAAGCAACAAGAAGAGCAAACACCCAAGGACAGAGCGGAAGGGAGCAGCUCUCCACUCAGCAUCCUCACGGCUUCCACGAUGACACGAGAAGCAAGCGCCCGACGGCACGCCGCCGAAAAGCACAAAAGCCAGCAAAGUUCAGGACUGACCCAGUUCCACGACGUCAGAAUUCCCACUCCACCAGCUCCGCAAUUUCACAUACAGACACCCGACUCCUUGCAAACGCAAGUAGAAAGCCUUGUCAAGAUCAUGUUCGAUCCAACUGCCCACAGCAUCAUAGCCGACGAGCAAGUUCGACACUGGCAGCUCUACCUACAAAACAAGACCUAUGCCGACCCCUACUACACCUUCCCCAACCACUUCAUCCACAACUGCAUCUUCCACUUUGACGUAGCCCUGCACCGAGAAGUGAAAUCCUUCAUCGAGCUCUCCAUCCAUCACAUCCAGGAAGACCAGGAGCAACAACCCAAUACCAAGCUAAUCGCAUGGCAGCGCAACCUGCGUUUCCGAUGCAAGAUCCAGCCCUUUGCAUUUUCCACUUGGCAACAACUGAUUUACGACGUUGAGUUCGACGAUCUCGCCAACUCUGUGGGCUUCACAUACCGGCAAAAGCAGCACUAG